CGUAUUCACUCCAGGAAUGUGAAUUUGGCAGGUAAGCGCGCGAACUGUGUUUUGGCGCUCGGGGAAAGGUUGCAAGCUCGGUUUUUCGAGAAUUUUGCGAAUUUUGAGAUGGAACUGGUUUUGAACCGCAUCGAUUACUCGUUGGUAGGACCAACCUCGCGUCAUACCAUGAAGAUUUUGCCCAAUCCGGACGGGAAGGGCCUACAGAGGAUUGCCAUUGGUGGUCAUGAUGGAGUGGUCCAGAUUUUCAACAUCAAAAGAAGCACUUUAGUGCACAGUUUCAAAUCAUUGCCUGGCGCGAAGAUUAACCGGCUUGAACUCGGUGGAAUGAAAGAUCAUUUGCAAGACAAAGUUUUCAUCGCUGCAAAUAACGAAGUGCGGGGCUACAACAAAAAGGGAAAACUUUUCCUCGCAUUUGAAACGACGCUCACCGAACCCAUCCAGCACAUGACCAUAAGUGGGAGUGACCUGAUGGUGGCCAGUUUCCACUCAUUUCAACACUUCUUCGACUGCGUGGAAAAACUCAACGCGACCUUUGCAGACAAAAUCACCGAUAUAAUCAAUAUACCCUCACUCAAUAAUGAAGGCGUGAGGACGGUGAUUGCCUGCGAGGACCGCACCCUGCGUCUGGUCUCGGAGAAAAGGCAGGCCGUGGUUGUUGAAAUUGGCAGUCGGCCGUCGUGCUUGCAGCUGGCCGACGAAGAGGAUCCCCUCCACGUCCUUUUCGGCGCUCAAGACGGCAGCAUCGGCCUCGUUUCCUUCGGAUUCAAUGCCCAGGUGCGGUGGGUGCUGGAAGGUGGCGGCAGCGGCUGCGUCAACUGCAUGGUGCACUUCGACCUGAGCGGCGACGGCCAGAAGGAGCUGAUCGUUGGCCGGGACGACGGCCUCAUCGAAGUCUUCGUCUAUGAUCCGAUGCAGGAGCUGCCCGUCAAACGAGCCUCUUAUGCGUGCACCGAGAGCAUCAUGUCCGUGCAGGCCGGCUUUGUCAGCAGCCCUGACCACCCUGAGAUCAUCGCCGUUACCUAUACAGGGUGGUUUUUCGGCCUGACGACUGAGAGUAAAGAAAGCAUCAACCUUCGCCAGGGUGACGGCCCGACAAACAUGUCUUCUGAAAUGCAGGAACGACUCCAACAGCUCAGGCUGGAAAUUGACGAAAUUGAGCAAAAGGUUGUGCGAGAACGGGAAAAAUACAAGCAAACGACGCAGACGAGGCCAGACGCCUUGUCCAUUGUCCCCAAAAUCGAGAUCAAUGAAAAGUUCACCCUGAUCCCGAACGAGGCCGUAUACCUGCUGUCCAUCGAGGUGCAGACACCCAUCGACAACGUGCUCAUCCAGAGUGACACGCCACUGCGCAUUCUCGACGUGGAGCGAAACUCCGCCGUCGUCAGCCACAGUGCAUGCGAUCCGGAGAUGGGAAACCACCUGCUGGUGACCUACAGGUGUCAGGUGAACACGACGCGGCUGGAGGUGAAGGUGCAGACGACCGAGGGCCAGGCUGGCCAACUGCGCGCCUACGUGACCGUUUCGAUGCAGCCCAAGUGCUGCCGGCUGAUCAAGUUCGCCGUGCGGCCGCUGUCGCUGCACCAACGGAGCCACGAUCUGGCCCUCGACAGGCCGUACAACUCCCUGAGGUUGACAGGGGCGUUCAGCCUGGCGGAGGUGCACUCGUGGAUCGGAAUGUGCGUGCCGGAGGUGCCGGACAAGGUGCCCAUGACCAGCGAGGGCGUCCUGUCCUACAAGAAUAGUUUCCUCGACACCGUCCUUCAUUGCGUAUACGCGAAGGGAAAGGCCGAGUUCAAAUCGGACAACAUGAGCACGAUAGCCGUCCUGAAAGACGUUCUGACCAAAGAAGCAACAGCCAAAAGCGUCGAACUGGACAUUUCCUGCGAGAUCCACCCUGAGAGCACGGCGUGGAUGCUGGGGUUGGUGCACCCCCUCUUGGCCAAACAGCGGCAGUUGGGCGCCGAAAACGCGCUGUUGGCGCCGCUGCACGAGCUGCAGCAGCAGGGCGUCACGCUGCCUGCCAACUACCAAAGCAUCCUCGACAGGGAGACGGAAAUCGUCGAGAAUAUGAAGAGCCAGCCAGCCCAACUCGAACGGCUCAAAUCGAUGAUCUGCGAUUUGCUAGUGGACAUUGGAAAAUUCCGCGGGGGCAACGCUCGCGGCCGGCUGGCGCAGUUGCGAGAUUUACUCGAGCAGUACACCCACCCUGACACCCUGAUCGAUUUUUUCCUCAUGGCGUAGAGAAGAGCGAAUAAAAAAGGAGAAAUUUUAAAACAUUA